AUGUGCCAAAACUCUGUUAGGAGGGGCAGUAAGACUGGAUUUUUGGGUAUUAAGUUCGGAAGUGCUCUUCUCUCAAUAGCAACAGGUGCUAUUGCUAUCGCAUUGUUGUGCAAGUUCCACGACCCCGAAGCUGUACUGAUAGUUAUUGUGUGCUCGACAUUACUAUAUGGAAUACCGUCACUGAUAUCAUUUAUCACAGAGACUGUUUUUGCACCCAGUAAAUUUCGCAUUGGGUACUUUUACAACGUUCUUAACUUUGCAUUACCACUAAUCACCUUGGGCUGCACAGUGGACUAUUUUCAUAAUACUUUGAGGAAGCCAAUAUCAGUACAAAACGAGUCUCAUCGAGUCUAUAUAUUAACCUUGGAUUCGUUGUUAAUUUUCACGCUCUUCGUUAAUGGCAUACAAUUAGGCUUCUUUCUGAAGGAUAGCAAUGCAAACAAUUUUGGUAGCUCAUCUAGCAAUAUAAGUACGGAUCAGUAUGACAAAGAAGAAAAUUCGGUGGAAAAUGGAAGGUUUGUACCACUUAAGAAUUCUUCACAGACCUUAACACCAGAUUUGGAAUUAUUACAUGGUGGUCCUAAUAGUAUGAAUGGAGUAGCGUGGCUGAUUAAUGAGCUCUCUACUAGUUCAAAUACGAACGCAAACAAACCCACAGCAUCAGACGAAAAUUCAAACUCUUCAGUUAUUCGACACAAAUUAGGCCCAAUUACAGCCGGCAAGUAUCCUAAAAAGCCAUCUCAUUCACAUUUUUCUAAACUAAAAAAAUAUAAUAGUUUCUUUUUGGGCCCUAUAGAAAACAGGUACAAAAGAAAUGCAAAACAGGCUGCUAAGGCUCCAAAAGAAAAAAAAAGCAACCACAGAAGUAGCCAGUAUGUGUCCAGAUUAUCAACCAUAUCUGACAUCUCGAAAAGCUUCCUGAAUUUCCUAGCGUUGAACGAGAAAAACGGAAAUUCCACUUCUACUGCGAGAACACCUAGUGAUGGAAGGGUUUCAAUAAUCAUUAACGAAGGAAAUAAUGCUUCAAAAUACAAAAAUCCUCACGAUUCACACACUAUUGAAUCCCCGAACCUGGAGUUAGAAAGAGAAGCUAUUGGGAGAAUUAAUAGUGCUUUACUUCCUGCAUGUUUAAGAGUAACAGAUAAGAUUAUCUCCCGCCAACAAAGUACUCAAAAUGAAGAAUCAUACCAAGCAACACCAUUGAUACCCCAGAUGGAAGGUGGAGAUGAUUUCUAUGUGAAUGAUAUCUUAAUGGCUGAUGAACUACAAGAUAUUCCACAAGUCCCAAGGAUAGCAUCAGAUACGGAAAAUGAUUUUGAACAAGAAUAUACUGAACACGUGGAUUUACCAGCUCGUGUCACUUUAGAGAUGUGGGAAAAGGAUCAGGAAAAUAUACUUCGAAAUGUUACAACAAACCUGAAUAAAAGUAAAUUACUUCCCCCAUUCAGAUUUACCUCCGAAAGUGAUAUGAAUCCGAGUACAUCCACCGAAUUGGAAGUGGAAUUGCAUACACAAAACAACUUUAGUUUCCCCUUCAAAAGUGAAGGAUUACAUAUUGCUGCAUCAGAUCAAAUCAACCAACAAGAAUUUAAAACUUCAGAUACCAUUAGUGAGCUAGAUGAAUAUUUACAUGAUGCAAGCAUUCAAGAAGAGGAUGCCAGUCAUCUAAUCGAGAACAGUUUAAACCAAAAUAAUCUCUCCUCAACUACUAUUGACAACUGUCAGAAGGAUAUGGCUAGGUUUAGUACAAGACAUUCACCAACCAAAUCGAUAAUUUCCAUGAUCAGUGGGUCAGGAAGCGUCAAGCACCAACAUUCACAUAGCACCCUAAGCAACUUCUUCACUGGUCAUUCAAGAAACAAUUCUCAAAUAAAUCAACUAUUACAAGGUUCUUCUAAUAUGCCGUCCAAUACCUCACCGCAUUCCUCUCCAACCAAAUCGUUGAGAAUGAGAUUUGGAAAGAAGCUUUCAUUAUCGAAUAUAUCUGAUACAAUGUCGCCAUAUGAGGGUAAUAUAACAGAUCCAAUAAACUACUCGUUUGGCCACGGUCACAACAAAAAUCAGAGCAUCGAUUUUAGCUACGUACGCACCUUACAAAGCAGCCAUUCACCUACAAAAUCAACUUCAGGAAAUUCACGUCGAGAUUCUUUAAACAAUGAUAGAUCUCAUAGUGUUGUUAAUGAAAGAGCGCUUAGAACUGCAAGUACAUUAUUCUACCUUCAACAUAAUAACGCCACAUGUACAUUGAAUGGGGAAGAGCCAGUGCUGGAGGCACCACAAUCUAUACGGUCAUUAUCAAGUGGUUCUGAGCAAGAAUCGGCGGGAUCUAGAACCGGUUAUCCAGAAGUAGUUUUCAGCGAGUAUGAUAGAGAAAAAUGGAAUGUUUUGAGAAAUCUAAAACAAAUAGCGUCCGAAACAACUAUAGGGAGCGGACCUGUUGAGUGA